CUCACUUGGCCUGCGCAGCUGCGCUCGUUACUUUCUCCUCCUCUCUUUCCCCUUCGGCCCAAUUCAUUCUUUCCUCGCUCCUCACCUGCAUUUGCGUUUCCUCCUCCAUUUUCCGUUUGUUUCCCAGAAAGGGAAAAAGGAAACUUUUUUCUUGCUUCUCCGGGCAAACAACGACGAACCCAUCAAAACCCAGAGCCCAUCUUUGGUCGUUGAGGUAUAAAUGUAUCCAAGUUAGGCUGAUGAAAAAUGGAAGCAAUGGCGUUUAAUUGAGCUACCGAGGGAAGUGGGGGGAGAAAAAAGAUGUCUUCUUCGAGUAAGACUGAUAAGAAGGCGGCUGUGGACGCAGCCGCAUGGAUGUUCAAUGUAGUCACAUCGGUUGUAAUCAUCCUUGUGAACAAGGCAUUAAUGGCUACCUAUGGCUUCAGUUUUGCUACCACCUUAACCGGUAUGCAUUUUGCAACAACGACCUUGUUAACACUUGCACUUAGGUGGAUGAAGUAUAUUCAGCCAUCUCACUUGCCAGUAUCAGAGCUUCUUAAGUUCGUUCUGUUUGCAAACUUCUCCAUUGUUGGGAUGAACGUGAGUUUGAUGUGGAACUCGGUUGGAUUUUAUCAGGUGAGGUUUAGCAAAAUAUGCAAUGUUUGUAAUCUCAGUACAGUGUUGACAUGGGAUUUACAAAAUUUUCCCUCCACAACUUUUCAGAUUGCAAAGUUGACAAUGAUACCAGUUUCUUGCUUUCUGGAAGUUGUCUUAGACAACAUGCGGUAUUCAAGAGACACAAAGCUUAGUAUAGGAGUAGUUCUGCUCGGUGUAGGGGUGUGUACUGUCACGGAUGUCAGUGUCAACACCAAGGGGUUUUUAGCUGCAGUUGUCGCUGUUUGGAGCACUGCCCUGCAGCAAUAUUAUGUACAUUAUCUUCAGCGAAGGUAUUCUCUGAAUUCCUUCAACUUGUUGGGUCACACUGCUCCAGCUCAAGCUGGUUCUCUACUUUUAGUGGGGCCCUUUCUUGACUACUGGUUGACUACGAAAAGAGUCGAUGCUUAUCCUUAUUCCUUGACGUCUGUGCUGUUCAUAGUGCUAUCCUGCACCAUCGCCAUUGGAACAAACCUCAGCCAGUUCAUCUGCAUAGGCAGGUUCACCGCGGUUUCCUUCCAGGUCCUCGGUCAUAUGAAGACAAUUCUCGUGCUGAUCUUGGGCUUCGUCUUCUUCGGGAAAGACGACCUCAAUUUCCAUGUGAUUGUUGGCAUGAUCAUUGCUGUGGCCGGGAUGAUAUGGUAUGGCAAUGCCUCAUCGAAACCUGGGGGCAAAGAGCGUCGGAGUUCCCCAGCGAACAGCAGCACCAAGUUCCAGAAACUGGAAACUGCUGAUGCUGAUGAGAAGGUUUAGACUCCACUAGAUUAAUUUAGAGCAGAAGAGGAAGGCGGUAACAAAAGGAAGAGGAAAUGAUGAUUUUAUUAGACUGUUAUUUUAGAAGAAUUUUAGUUUUAAGUAUUGGAUGUUUGAUCAUAUAGCUACUUUUUUUUAUUGUUAUAUAUGUAUUUGGAUCAUAUUUAGGAUAAAGUAUGGUUCCAAUUUCCAGAGGUGAAAUACAAGAGCAAAGAAAAGAGUUAUUUGUGACCAUGAUGCUCUCUCUAGAAAUUAAUUAUUGAUUU